AUCAGUGAAGUAGCCAGCGAGCAGAGAGAUGGCGAGCGGCGCCUCCAAAAAAGAGGGGAUCAAACCGGAAGCCGGACGCAUCUCGAAGGAGUGCAAAUGCAUCGGUUCAAAUUUGAUCACGCAAAAGUUGACCUAUGUGUACAUAUGUGUCGGGUUGGUGCUCGUCACCCAGAUCGUCCUCUACGUCUACCUCUACCGUUACAUUUCCAGGGUGGAAAGUAAGCUCCACGGCGAGUUGGGACCUGUCAAGGUACGUCCCAAAAGAUCUUUGGGAGAUUUGGAGAACACCGUGCUCAACCAGGAGUCGGCGAACGUCGAGUACUACAGUCCAGGAGGGAGGAAAGACUUCGACGACCACCAGUACAACAACACGAACAAAACGGAAGAUUGGGUCGAAUUGUCGUCCCUCUCAAGAAUACCGGUUGCUGCCAUUCAAGAAUACUGCUUGGCCACAAAAAAAUAUUGCCCUGCAGCAGAAAUGGGCCCUAUUGGUCCAGCAGGUGAGCCAGGCCCGGCUGGAGAAAAAGGGCCUAAAGGUGAUAGAGGGGAGAGGGGAUUCAAAGGAGAGAUGGGACGUCGAGGACCGGAGGGACCUCCUGGUCAUCCUGGACCAAAAGGGCACAUUGGUUUCAAAGGGCUUAAAGGUGACACAGGCAUGGAUGGACGCGAUGGACUUCCUGGUGAGCCGGGCUUAGACGGUGUUAGUGGGAGAAAUGGAAAAGAUGGAACACCAGGGUUACCAGGAGAGCCAGGGCUAAAUGGAUUGCCUGGUACUCCAGGAAUCAACGGCACAAACGGGAUCCCUGGUAGUAUUGGGCCACCUGGUCCUAAAGGGGAAAUGGGGAUGAAAGGACUUACAGGUCCAAGAGGUCGUCCAGGGCGUCCUGGUAAUCAUGGAAUACCUGGAACCCCAGGAAUCCAGGCAUGGGAGGUCACAGUGAACGGAACAAGAAGUUCAGAGCUGUUGAUACCACCAGCGAUUGUAGGCUCUGAGUCAAUAUUUUCAUCCGGCCCGAUUGUGUUGAAAGAAGGUGAAAACGUACGACUGAUGUGUGCUGCAACUGGGAACCCAAGGCCUGUAGUCCAAUGGCAAAAAAUGGAUAGUCCAACAAUCGGUCUAGGGAAAUGGAAAGAUACUGCCAUCAUUGGAUCAAUAUUAAAUAUAACAAGAGUGAAUAGAGAACAUAUGGGUACUUAUAUGUGCCUAGCCGGUAAUGGAAUUCCACCUACAGCUAACCAAACAUUCAGUAUUGAAGUUUAUUUUACACCACUGAUCACUGUGUCAGUUCAAAAUGUUUGGGUCAAAGUUAACAAAAGGGCGACUCUUGUUUGUGAAGUAGAGGCGUACCCAGAUGCUGUCGAAUAUUGGGAAAGUUCUGAUGGAAAGUUAAUUGAAAGUUCUGAUAAAUAUACUUUGGCUGUUAAUGAAACUGGAAAAUAUACGUUUACUCGGAAAGGAGGUCGCAGGGCCAUUUCCUAUGAAUAUACAAAAUUAAUUGGAGACGGACCUGCUCCAAUUGGUACCACUGUGGUAUUUGGCCAAGGCCCUCCAGCUAAAGCUGAUUUGAACGAUUUAUGCCCUCCUCCUGUCCAAUGCCCUGAAUGCCCCGAUCCAAAGGAAUUCAAAUGUCGACAUGGCUUAUAUUCACUUUACGAACUCCUUGGCAAUAGAAAUAUAGAAAAUAGGUCAUUGGAAAAUAAAACUUAUCCUGGUAUUCCAAACAGGGCUUUAGGAUGCCAGGUGUACGCUGUUGGGAAGCCUGUAUUUCUUAGAUCAUCCGAGUCUCAUUAUGGAAGUUGGAUGAGAGAUCCUGUUUCAAAAAGUGACGACGAGAAGUAUUGGGUAACUGAGGAAGAGAACAACGCCUUUCUCUUUGAGUUUGCUAAUAAAACACAAUAUCGAAAAAACAUUGCCCCAAAAAAAUACAGCCUUCAAUAUCCUUUUAGUGGAAAUUCUCAUGUUAUUUACAAUGGAUCAUUUUUCUAUCAUUAUAUCGGAAAACAAGACAUUGUCAAGUAUACACUAGCGACUGGGCAAGUGCGCACCUUAACCCUUCCACUCGCUAAACCAUUUGGAGAAAAUUUCCUGUACAGGACACAGCACAAUUACGUAGAUUUUUCAGUGGACGAUAACGGUCUCUGGGUUAUUUACGGUCUGAUUGAAACCAACAAUACAGCAGUAUUAAAAAUUGAUCCUGAAACACUGGAGAUACAAUAUGGAUAUAACAUAAGUCUUCAACAUCAAAAGGCUGGUGAAACAUUUAUCGUUUGUGGAGUCCUAUAUGCUGUUGACAGUACAACUGACAGAAGGACAACAAUCAGAUUUGCAUUUGAUCUAUUUAAAGGAGGACUUUUGGAUGAUGUUAAUCUUGAAUUCACAAAUCCUUUUAGAAAAACAACAAUGAUCGGCUAUGAUCACAAACACAAGGAGCUCUACACAUGGGAUAAAGGUAAUCAACUGACCUAUCCAAUAAGAUAUCACGAGAUGAGUUAUAAUUCAUCAAAAGAAGAUAAAGGGGAUCUGGAGGCUCAGCCGUUGCAGUCAGGAUAUGAAGUUUUUCCUCAAGAAUAAUGCAAUACCUAGUUAAAUAUGGCAAUUUCUUUUCAAUUAAUCUUUAGAACCAUCAUUAUACAAUGUCAAGAUUAUUUUAGUCUUGUUUAGUGUAGUGGUACUUAUUUGAAGCAACUGAAUUAUUUGUACGAACGAAAUGACAUCCACUCUAGAUAAUGAUAGAAUAAACAUUAAUUAAAUUGUUUUAAGGCAACUGUCUUUAUUCAUUUCAUUACAUAUUUAUCAAACUUCCAUAAAUUAAAUGUCUAUUUAUUUAUAUUUUACCAAGACCAUUAGUAUGCCAUGAAAAUCUUAAUUUAUCUAAUUAUUUCUAAGAGCAAAGGCUGAUCAAUAUAAACGAAUUCACAUUUAGAUUUAAUAUAUAAAUUUUUCUUAUCGUAAGUGAAAAUGUGUAAAUAUUUUACAAUAUGUUUGAUGUACACUUUAACAAGUAAGAAGUGAAAUUGUUACCAUUUUUUCAUUUGCACUAGUGUACUUGCUCAUUAUUCAUAUUUUACAACCUUCAAAUCAUGGGAGUUAAAAGGAAGAGAAUAAAUUGUAAUAAUGUUUUUCAAAUUGUUAUAAUAAUUAUACUGUAUUCAAUUCAUAAAUAUUGCAAAUUUGUACAUAACCUAUCAAAUUAUUUUUACUUUGUAUAAUUGUAUGUAUAAAUUCAAUAUUAGUGAAAAAACAUUUAUAAAAAUUAUACCCAUAAGAAAUUAUACAUCUAAUGUUUGUUGUUUUUUAGUAAUUUAUUUUCUUUAACCCCUAAAAUUUUAUGCAUUUGGUGACAACAAAAAACUAACUUGUAAUCAAAAUCACUUCUUAAAAAUGGUCCUCAGUUAACUUGUAUUUCUUAUUUUUAAAAGAGAUCUUUAUACUUUUGUAAAUACAAUUCAUUGAAUGUUUUAUGAUAACGAAAAUUGCCGCAAUUCAAAAAUGGAACAACUCAUCUCAUUCUCUAAGAAUAAGACCUGUUGUUACACUUUAACAUAAGUUAAGUUAAUCACUACUCCAUGCCCAUUUACCUUCGAUUAUUAACAACUUGUCAACUACAAUAAAAUCCUCUCAUUAAUGA